AUGAGUCAUUCCGAGGAUUAUAUUCAAAUCAUUCCGAGUCCCUAUAAUUCGGAUUGGAACAUGGUAAGAAUGUACUCUCCGGAUCGUAUCAGUGGAAUUUGUGAGGUUCAUCUCCAUGGUGCUCAUCUGACGAGUUAUAAAUGUCGUGCCAAGCCUUCCUUUUCAUCAAUGGCUUCAUCAGAAGAACAAUCAAUCAUUACAAGAGUAUCGGAUCAAGAUGAAUUAAUGUUUGUUAGCGAAAAGGCUUUAUUUGCAACGGAUAAGGCUAUUCGUGGAGGUACUCCUAUUUGUUUUCCUCAAUUUUCGGAUAAGGGUCGUUUGAGUAUGAGUCAUGGAUUUGCGAGAAAUGUGCCAUGGGAAUGUGUAACAACAACAGGUGUAUCCAAUGAUUCAGCGACCGUCGCUACAUUGAGAAUGAUUAAGAGCUCGAGUUAUAAGGGAAAUAAUAAGGAAAUUGCUCAAUAUUUGGCUGAAUAUGAUGCGUUGAAUGUGGAAAUGAUUUUUUCAUUGAGCAAUGACAGUUUGGAAAUGACAUUACGAGUGGGAGAAGAUUCCAGAGUAGAGGAUGAAAAAUUUGAAAAAGUCAAAUCAUUUACAUUUGCCUUCCAUAAUUAUUUUCGUGUGGAUGACAUUACUCAAGUCACUCUUGAUGGUAUUCAUAAUAAUCAUCAUGGCGUACAAUUUAUUGACAAGGUCAAGAAGGGAGAGCUCAUUACUGUUGAAAAUUCAUCUCCAUUCGCAAUCACUCAAGAAGUUGACAGAGUGUAUGUUGACAUGUUAGACCCCAUUGAGAGUGUCAUUGUGGAGAAUAAGCCCACAAACAUUUCUAGAAUGAUUUGUGUUUCGCAAAAUGCCGCUAACGCACAAAAUGUUGUAGUUUGGAAUAUUUGGAGUGAAAAGUGUCAAAAAAUGUCUGACAUGAAGGCAGACGAUUUUUCUCGUUAUGUUUGUGUUGAGGUUGGUCAAAUACAAACACCUAUAGUAUUGGAACGAGGAAAGGUAUUUACUGGAUCACAGAAAAUUUCCGUGAAACAUGUUUCUCCAAAUUCUUCCAAAUUGUAA